GGGAUGAGCAGCAAAGCACGAGGCAAAGGCGUUGGCUGGAGGCUGGAAAAGGCACUCGGGACUCCAGGGAGCCUCCAGGGGCUGGGAUGGGAAUCCAGCCAGGAAUGAGCUGAUCAGGACCAUCCCGUGCUUCCAAGUGGUUUCUCCACCCUAAUUUUCCCUUUAUUAUGAGCUGCUCUUCACGGUUCCUGUUCUAGAUCGGUGUUUUUCCUGGCAAUGGAGGUGCCCUUUGUGCUUCUCCUAACCAGGCUCGUGGCAGAAGUUGCCGGAAAAUCCACGGAAAAUUUGGUGCCAGACCCGGAAUGUUGUGUGGAAACGUUGGACUCCAACAGCUCCUGCCCGGUCACGCAGCAGUGCAGCCCAGGCUGCUACCGGCACUGGGCCGAGGACGGGAGCAGCAGCUGUGUCCGCUGCCGCAACGGGAGCGACCUCGGCGACUGCAGCACCCCCGGGAGCCGAGGGAUGAGCCCCGAGAGGAACGAGAGCACGGCCACGGCCCUCGGCCACGGCUUCGGGGGCCCGGAAGUCGCCGCUUCCCUGAUUUUGGGGACGUUUUUCCUCAGUUUAUUCCUCAUCCUCUCGGUGGCUUCGUUUUUCUACCUCAAACGAACCAACAAACUCCCAAAGGUUUUCUACAGGAGGAACAAAGCAUCUGUUCUCCAGCCCAGUGAAACUGCAUCCAUGAUCCCUCCUCCAACUUCUUCAGUGCGGAAGCCGCGCUACGAGCGCCGCGAGCGCUCCGGCCCCGCCGACAGCCGCGUCAGCCACGUCUGAGCCCCGAAUCCCGGGAAUCCCGGCAAUCCUGGGAAUCCUGGGAACACCGGGAAGCCGCCGCUCCCUCGGGAAGCCGAAGGGUUUGGGCCAGACCCACCCAGGGACUCCAGAGGCUCCUGGUCCCGCUCCGGAGGAUGGGAUGGAAUUCCUGAGGAACUGGGCGGAUCUUUCCUCUUCACGAAGAAUUCCUGAGGAAUUUCCAGGACUGGAGAGGAGAAUCCUUAAGGAAUCUUGGUGCCUUUUCCUGUGUGGGGAGGAUCCUUGGGGAAUUUGGGGAGAAUCUUUAAGGAAUUUGGGGAGAAUCCUUGGGGAAUUUGGGGACAGUCCUUAAGGAAUUUCAAGGACUUGUGAGGAGAAUUCUUUGGGAAUUUGGGGGAAUUUCCCUGUGUGGGGAGGAUCCUUUGGGAAUUUGGGGAGGAUCCUUUGGGA